GGAAUACAAAUACAGGAACAGUUACUUCUUCACCAUAUUUUUCAUAUAAUAGUCACGUAAAUCUGCCUAUUCCAAAUCAUGAAGUUUAUGUAUAUAUUGGAGAUAAUCAAAAUAAUUCUGAAAAACAGGAAGAUCCCGUAAAGACAAAAUUAGAGGCUGAUAAUUCAAGGGAAUUGAUCGAAACUAUUAUGCCAUACUUGAAUUCAGAUUUUGGAUUGAUAUCUUCUGAAGUAAUUCAUGAUUUCCUUCAUAAAGUCAAAGAUACUCCCCUAAGUGAACGUGGGUUAAUUCUGCAUAUCAUUGAUCAAACAAAAGAUUCAGAAACACUUAAAAAUUUAGUGUCUGAAAGAGCUCAUUAUUUAUUAAGGAAUUGGAUCAUCGAUGAGGCAAAAACACCUGAUAGUGAAUUGUUGCUCAAAUUGCUUCAUACUGUCAAUCAUCUUCCAAUUGAUAUUGAAGCCUUGUCAGCAAGUGGGCUUGGAAAGGUGAUAAAUAAUAAAAGCGUAAAAGAUUCACAAAAAGCAGGGGUUUCUGCAUUAGCCUCUUUGCUUAUAAGCAAAUGGAAAGAAGAAAAAAAACAACAUGAUGCUAAACUCGUCCAAGAAGCAAAAUUAGCGUCAUCAUCAUCAUCUAAUGUCGCAGCAACCAUUAAUGCAAGGACAGGAGUACGGCCUAAUUCAAUGCCGUCUAAAACAUCACAAGCUAAUCCAUCAGCAUCAUCCAAAGUAUCAAAAGGAAAGGAGGUGUCAGUUCGUGUUAAGCCAUCAACUGAGUCCAAAGCGAAGGAAAUUGAUCCUAAAUUGCAAGCGAGGCCCGAUACAAAUAUUUUUGAUGAAAUUAUUGGGCUGAAUACUGCAAAACCAGUAAAGCAGGCAAACAAAAUAGUUAGAAAGGAGCAGCAAAAAUCACCAGCGGUUGUAAAAGUUGCUACCGAAAAGCAAGAACCUUCAACGAUGGUAGGUACUUCGAAAAAUUCAGCGGAAGUAAUGGAAGAUAAUGGAUCAAUAGUAAGGAAAGAGCAAGAGAAUGGACAGUCAUUGACAAUAAAAGAGAAUAAGAGGGAAAUUAAAGUUGCUACAUCGAAAAAAAGGAAACGGGUGACUUUUGCACCUGAUAGCAUGCUUACUCAAGUUAAAGUAUUUGAAGAGGAAUAUGAUGAAAUGGAAGGAGAAUUUUCAGCAGCAAAUACACCACAUCAAUUUGGGAAUGCACGAGAUCUUGAUAGAAAUGAAGGAUUAACAGCUUUCAAAAGGGUACGGAAAGCGCCAGCAAUUCAGUGGUAUACUACGCCCAUGCUGGAUCUAACCAGCAAGAAAAUAACAAAACCAACUAAGGCGGAAAGUGAGGAAGCAAGAAUACAAGAAGAGCGAGAACGACAGAUUUUUGAAACAUUGUAUAUUACGUCAGAUCAAGUUCCAUUUUCACCAGCCGAGCCUGAUGAAAAUAUACAGAAAAACCGAAAUGGUAAUAUAACAUAUCAUGAUAUAAUUUUGAACGCAGAAUCUGACGAAGAGGAUGUCGAUGAAGAAGCUGGUGAUAAUGAUUCAGACAGUCGACCUUUUAUUUCUGAAGAAUUAUUUACACAAUUAUUAGAUAUAUAUUCAAAGUGGCAAGCUAUGCAAUUAAAUCCAUCCGUAUUUUCAUCGAGUACGGUUGGAAUAGAACCUAAAACAAUAGUAAAUAAUUUGACAGGGAUGCCAAUUCCUUCACAACUUCCUGCAACCCAACAACAACCUCCUACUGCAUGGAAUUUUGAUAUAAAUCAACCUAGCUCUAUAAUAAAUUACCAUCAACAACCGCCAUCAGGGAUUCAACCGUCCGCUAAUGUUGCAUCACAACAACACGCAUUUCCACAACAAUAUCCAGCAACGAACAAUAUGCCGAAUCAACAACCAGCAUAUCAAUAUUCAAACUUGUUUGCUCCUCCGGCAAAUCAGAAUAAAGAAUUUUAUCCGCCACAUAGCAAGGAACCAGGAUUACAACAACCUCAACCAACUUAUAACGGUGAUUCAUCAAACCGUCCGUAUUCUGAUUCAGGAUUUGGACGACAACCACAACAACCUCAAGCAUCUGCGGUUGGUAGAAGCGGAAGAGGAAGGGGUGGACGGCCAAGAGGUGGGGGUCAAACCGAAUCGGGAAGACCUGUUAGUGGGAGAGGAUCAGAAUGUUGGUAUUUUAAAUCAGGAAGAUGUAAUUUGGGUGAUGAUU